AUAAUUGAUGAACAGAAUGCUAAACAUGUUAAGAUCUUUGGUAAUAAUAAGACUGAAAGAAUAAGAAUGUUAUAAACAUAUUUUCGAUUUUGUCGUUUCUAAUUAAAUUUUUCUUGGUGGUUUUGGUUUGAAGAAAGCGAAUCACUGCAAUCGUCUUCACCACGAACGGUUCUUUAAGGGUGCUUAAAGGAGAGAGUUUACCAGUGACCCACUUGUCUCGUGAAGAUGUAUGCCAUCCUCGGCCUCGUGGCCAGUCGGUAGCAGCGUGCUGUGGCGCUCACCUGUCUGCAGUUCGUCAGCAGCCAGCACCGGUGGUUUUCUUCCUGGUGCACGACACGAGAUCGAGAACUCUGUGUGUCCAAGCAAGUGCCGUUCUUCUUCCUCUUCUUCUUUCUCGUUUACGUUUAAUAAAGCGCGCGCGCGAGUGAUUUCCUCAAAGUUUUUUUAUUCUUUAACGAAGAGUUUAGGAAGAUCAAAGGAUUUCAAUCCAAUUUUAUGAAUAAACUAAAAUUGUUAUAGAUAAUCCACAAAACUAAGAAUAAUGGACAUUGGAUGAACAAGAAAAUCCGAAAUAAUAAUUAAAGUGUUUCUUAAUUAAAGUGUAACAGUUUAUCAUUCUGAUAUGAAUUCGAGGAUAAAACGACUAAUCGGGCCCAGUAUGCUCUGGAUGGUUUUGUUGAGCGCCGUGUCACUGUGGGCAGCUCCAGCGUACCAAAUCAGCCCGAAACCUUGCUACGUCGACGGCAUGGAAGGAACUUGCAUGUUCGUCUGGGAAUGCAUCAAAUCAGAAGGUUACCACAUAGGGAUGUGCGUCGAUACCUUCAUGUUCGGAUCAUGUUGCGCCCAUAAUAUCACAGAGAACACGGUUUUGCCGCAGUAUUCAAAUAAGCCGUCUAUUUUAUACACUCCGCCUAGUCAUCAUAGUCACGUUACAAGAAAACCGACACAAAAUAAAUUUACUACUAGUCGACUUAAAACUACCAGUAAACCUAAGGGAUCGAUACAAACCACAAAAUCGACCAUUUCAUCGCCAUCUAACGAUGGUAGGCCGAAUCAGUCGACGAAACCUGCAACAGUUCCAACAAGAUUCACCUUAAAACCGCCUCUAACUCAAAGUGGGUAUCACGUGGCUAAUUCUAUUUUGGUUCAUUCAAAACCCGGAUGGCAAACAACCACCGAACCGGGAUUUAUAACCCUUUUAAAUAACCAAAAUACGAUUUCAACGCAAACCAAACCGGUCACUCUAUAUCAAUUUACAACCGAGCCGGGUUUCGUAACGAAACAAAAAACGAAACCUCCUUAUAAUAAGCCAACUAAACCAACAAAGAAACCUUUGUCUUUUACCACUGGUAAAAGUACCAUAAAGUUUUCUUCUAAAACAACUUCAACAUCUACAACAACAACAACAAAACCAACUACAAGAUUAACAACAACAAUACAAUCAGUAAUUCCAAUAAAUCCAUCUCAAGAAUCAAGUACAGAGCAAAUGAUCACCUCCACCUCCACCAUUUCUGCAGUUCCACUUCACGAAGCUCGAAGUAGUUGUGGUGUACCAAGUUUAUUUCCUCAACCUCAAAUGAGAAUAGUCGGCGGAAAAGACGCUCCUUUCGGUCGAUGGCCGUGGCAGGUAUCCGUGAGACGGUUUGGUUUUCUAACCAGCACGCAUCGAUGUGGAGGAGCCAUUUUAAAUGAAAAUUGGAUUGCGACAGCUGGACAUUGCGUAGAUGAUUUGAUGAAUUCGCAAAUUCGCAUUCGCGUCGGUGAAUACGACUUCUCGAACAUGGAGGAAAUGUUACCUCACGUAGAAAGGGGCGUAGUGAGUAAAAUCGUCCAUCCAAAGUACAACUUUUACACGUACGAAUACGACUUGGCUCUGGUUAAGCUCGAUAAACCCCUAGAUUUCGCCCCGCACAUCAUGCCCAUCUGUCUACCCGGAUCUGAUGAUCUUUUGGUUGGGGAAAACGCGACCGUAACCGGUUGGGGACGUUUAAGCGAAGGAGGUCUUUUGCCCACCGUUUUACAAGAAGUUCACGUUCCGAUCGUAAGCAACGAAGACUGUAAAAGUAUGUUUUUACAAGCCGGUCGUCACGAAUACAUCCCUGAUAUUUUCUUAUGUGCCGGCCAUGAAACGGGAGGUAAAGAUUCGUGUCAAGGAGAUAGCGGGGGGCCGUUACAAGUUCGCGGAAAGGAUGGAAGGUAUUUCUUAGCCGGAAUAAUAUCCUGGGGGAUUGGAUGCGCUGAAAAAAAUCUUCCGGGGGUUUGUACGAGGAUAUCAAAAUUUGUUCCGUGGAUUUUAAAAAACGUUACGUAAUAAGAGAAAUUAAUAAAGUUGAUGUACCUACAACUACCUUGCGAAGGACGAGCUGGAUCGAAUCCCUCCUCCCAAGAUUUAUUGAUUCAAUGCGGCGACGAUGUCUGUAAAUGAAUUGUCUAGGAAAUUAAUCGAGGAAGAAAAUUGAGGAAAUUGUUUUGGCAGGAAGAGGUUGUUUCCCUCCUUUAAUUUUCAUCGUAUUUUUUUUGGAUAAUCCCAGAUCUAGUCAUGAACGUUUUGUGGAUUAAAUAAAAAUGAGUGUAGUGAAACUUUUUUUUUUGGUAGUUGAGGGUAUAACCAGUGCCCAGAUACCAAAGAUACUUUUUAAAAAAGUGUAAAAAAGUACUCUUGCCUUAAAACUUAAAAGUCUUAAAAGCAACUAUCUUAGCCUUUAUUUUU